AUGUGGUUGACAACAAGCUUGAGUUAAAACUCCACUGGUGUUAACAUCCCUCUUUUCCGCCCUCUCUUUUCCGAUGCUGUCGCUAUAGAGCUGGCUGGAAGGUUCCGUGCCGUCGGCGAGCCUCUGGGCGUCCGUCCUGAGCCAUGGAGGCCGGUCCGGACACCUCCCUGUUCCUGGUGAAGAUCCUGGAGGAGCUGGACAGCAAGCACAGCAACGUGUCCUACCAGGACCUGUGCAAGUCGCUGUGCGCCCGCUUCGACCUGCCGCAGCUCGCCCGGCUGCGCAGCGUGCUCUUCUACACGGCCUGCCUGGACCCCGGCUUCCCCGCCACCUUGUUCAAGGACAAGAUGAAGUGCCCGGGGAACAACCAGCAGUCCAAGAAGAUCAUGGUGGCGGCCGACAUCGUCACCAUCUUCAACCUCAUCCAGAUGACCGGGGGCGCGGCCAGGGAGAGGCUGCCCCCCGCGGUGGCCAGCCCCCAGCCCUGUGAGAUGCAGAGGACCUACUUCCCCAUGACCCUGGACAGCGAGCCCGUCUCCGAUCAGGACUCGCUGCCCGGGCCCCCCGACAUCAAGGGGACCUUCGUCGCCAACGUCGACGACGACGGGCCCUUUGGGGUCCAGUCCUGCGUCCAGAAAAGGAGUAUCUUCAAGGAGGAUUUUCACAACCUGAUGCCCGUGUCCCCCGGGUUGGUCGGCCCUGCGAACAAGGCCGAGGGGGAGCACGGGGACCCCCAGAGCCGGAAGGAGCUCCCCAAGGCCCCCUUCUUCAAUCACAGCUUCGAAAUGCCCUACCACGGCCGGUACCUGAACGCCGUGUACUCCCCGGUCCCCGACAAGAGGCGGGCCAAGCACGAGAGCCUCGACGACCUGCAGGCGUCCACGUAUUUCGGGCCCACUCCCGUGAUGGGGACCCAGGAGGCCAGGCGCUGCCCGGGGGGGAGGCCGGGCAAGCAGACGCCCUGGCCGGCCAAGAGCUGGAGCCUGAACACGGAAGAGGUCCCCGACUUCGAACGGCCGGAGCCCAAGACCCGCCGGGAUCUGCCGGGCAAGUACGGGGACAGGCCCGCCGCGCGGCAGUCAGACGACGACUCGGAGGUCGUCAGCGACGACAUCAGCGACAUCUUCCGCUUCCUGGAUGACAUGAGUGCCAGCGGCUCCACGGGGGUGAUCCCCUCCUCCUGCUACAACAGCACGGGGUCCCUGUCCCAGCUGCCCAAGUCAGAUGGUGACAGCUCCGGGCUCGCUGGCAGCCAAGGAGAAAAGGGCAAGCGGCCUGAGCCCGGCCACCGCUCCGAAGAGGAGCUGAAGACCAGCGUCUGCAGGCUGGUGCUCAGGGUCGGCGAGAUCGAGCGCAAGCUGGAGUCGCUGUCGGGGGUCCGCGAGGAGAUCUGCCAGGUGCUGGGCAAACUGAAUAAGCUGGGUCAGAAGAUGCAGCCGCCCGAGACGGCCAGGGUGCAGGUGGACCUGAACUCCCUGACCAGCGGGGCCCUCCGUGUCAAGGCCUUGAAGAAGAGCCUGUUCGCCAGGCCGUCCUCCCGGUCGCUGACGGAGGAGAACAGCGCCACGGAGUCCAAAAUCGCCAGCAUCUCCAACUCGCCCAGGGACUGGCGCACCAUCACCUACGCCAACCGCCUGGGCCUGGACGAGGAGGAGGAGGAGGUCAGAGACCGAGGCCCCGGGGAGAGCAAGGACUGGCGUCGGAAACACAAAGAGGCGGACAGGCAGUACGACGUCCCCCCGCAGCACCGCCGGCCCAAGCAGCCCCGGGACUUCCUCGUGGAGCAGGUGUUCAGCCCGCACCCCUACCCCACCUCGCUCAAGGCCCACCUGAAGAGCAACCCUCUGUACACGGACAUGCGGCUGACCGAGCUGGCCGAGGUGCGGCGGGGCCAGCCCUCCUGGGCCGUCGAGGAGUACAUGGACGCGGCCGGAACUGAACGUGCGAGCAGCUGCUGGGGCCGCCGGGACCGGAUGUUCGGCUGGUGGGGGCCGUGGGCCCGGAUGAAUGUGUCUGACGACCUGCUGAGAAACCACGGCUCCGGCGUGGAAACGGCGGCGUCCUGUGAGCCCACAGCAGAGGCCCGAGUCUCGGGGACGUGGGGGGCGAGCGAGGCCAUGGUGUUGGAGAGCAGGGGUGGCCCGGUGGCAGGGGUGUGCAGCCGUGAGGCCUGGAGCUGCGGGACCAUCUGGGCGCUGCUGCGCGGGGACCAGCCCCGCACGGAGGACAGCAGAGCAGCCAGACGGCGGAACGACGAGAGGAAGCCCGCGCCGUCCUCGCCGGCCAGCCAGUCGCUGUCUGGACUCCAGGGCGUGUAA